CUGCUGUGCGGUGUCGCCCAUAUAUAAAUUAAAAUUGACCGUUUUGGGCCCCACACACAUACCAUUUAAUUUUCAAAUCAAAAGAAUAUAUAACCGUUACAAAAACCCCCCUUUCACUUCUCAUCCCAAACACACACACACACUCUUAUUGUGACCAUUUGCUAUAGCGAAAUCUAAGCUCAUUCAAGUACAAAAGCUGUUUAGGGAGGAGAGUGCCAAGCUGAAUACUUGUGUAGUUGUGUUAUUUAUCAUUCAAGAUGACAGUUGAGGUGCAAUCUGAGGCAACUCAAGUAGCUGCUGAAGUAGUUGUUCCACAAGAGGAAGUAGAGGUUGCUAAGAAGGUUGUUGAGGAGGUUGAGGAGAAUAAUGAGAAGGUAAGAGAAGAUGAAGAGGAGGAGUUGGAGGAGGAGACCAAGCCAAAUGCAAUUGAGAAGAGCUCUUCUUAUAGAGAAGAGAGCAACUUUCUCUCUGAUCUCAAAGAUAAUGAGAAAAAGGCAUUGAAUGAGCUCAAAUCUAAAGUUGAGGAAGCCAUUCUUGGAAACACCCUCUUCAAGAAAGAAGAGAUUAGUUCCAAGAAAGGUGAAGGGGAAGAGAAAAAAGAUGCCGAGGAAAAUCCCGAUGCAAAUGUAGAGGAGAAAGAAGAGGUGAAGGAGGGUGAGUUGGAUGUUUAUGUAGCGGAUAAAGAGAUCUCCAUUUGGGGUGUGCCCCUUUUGCCUAGCAUAGGGGAUGAGAAAACCAAUGUGGUUCUCUUGAAAUUCUUGAGAGCAAGGGAUUACAAAGUGAAUGAAUCUUUCGAAAUGCUUAAGAAAACACUCCAAUGGAGGAGGGAUUUUAAGAUCCAAUCAAUCUUGGAGGAGGAUUUGGGCUCAGAUCUUGCUCCAGCUGCUUACAUGAGUGGAAUUGAUAACCAAGGACACCCCAUUUGCUACAACAUUUUUGGGGUAUUGGAUGAUGAAGAGCUGUAUAACAAGACGUUUGGGACGGAGGAGAAAAGGAACCAGUUCUUGAGGUGGAGAGUCCAGUUAAUGGAGAAGGGUAUUCAGCAACUUGAUUUCAAGGCUGGAGGUGUUAGUUCACUUCUUCAGAUAAAUGAUCUGAAGAACUCUCCUGGACCAUCCAAGAAAGAGGUCAGGGUUGCUACAAAACAAGCUGUUGAUCUUCUUCAGGAUAACUAUCCUGAAUUUGUUGCCAAAAAUAUAUUUAUCAAUGUUCCAUUUUGGUAUUAUGCCUUCCAUUCGUUGCUCUCUCCUUUCCUAACUCAAAGAACCAAAAGCAAAUUCGUCUUUGCUCGCCCUGCUAAGGUCACUGAGACCUUGCUCAAGUAUAUCCCCAUCCAUGAAAUCCCCAUUCAAUAUGGUGGACUCAGGAGGGAGAAUGACUUAGAGUUUUCAGUCUCCGACUGUAAAGCUUCAGAAAUUCUCCUUAAACCUGGAUCAACUGAAACCAUUGAAAUACCUGCAGUAGACGUGGAAAGUACAUUUAUCUGGGAUGUAAUGAUUGUGGGCGGAGAGGUGAGCUAUAAGGAGGAAUUCGUGCCAGAGGAUGAGACUUGUUACACCAUUAUCAUUCAGAAGGACAAGAAGGUCAGCUCGCCAAUUCGCAACGCAUUCAAGAACACUGAAGCUGGAAAGGUUGUGCUGACAAUCAAGAAUUCCUCUAGCAAGAAGAGGAGGGCGUUUUACCGACACAAGAUCAAGAAAUCAGCAAUUUGAGAUGAACAAAUUUCUAUUUUGAAUGAAGAUGGAGUUAAUUUUUAUAUUGCAACUUUUUUGUGGUUCAUAUAAUUUAUUUUGGUCAUGUUGUGUAUAUGGUUGAUCUAUUCUUUUUUCUCCCUAUAAGGAAGAACAUUAUCUCUGUAUUUAUUCAUUUUGGGGGGGGGGGGGGGAGUCCUACUUUGUCUGUUUAUGGAUGACAAAUAUUAUAAGAGGUUAUUAGUUUCAUCAUCAAUGUGACCUUAUAAAAUUUAUAAGAGAUUAGUUUCAUCAUCA